AUGAAGAGUACGAUUAAUAAUGGAAUGGAGAAUACCCUAGAAAAGAAGCACUUCGUGCUGGUUCAUGGAGCAUGCCAUGGGGCAUGGAGUUGGUACAAAGUGGCAACACUACUGCGUGCCGAAGGCCACCAUGUCACCGCCCUCGACAUGGCGGCUGCCGGAGUUCAUCCGACACAAGUGGAGGAGCUCGGCUCUUUCUCCGACUAUUGCAAGCCACUGAUCGAAUUUAUGGCGGCUUUGCCACCAGAUGAUACGGUGGUUCUAGUAGGCCAUAGCAUGGGUGGCAUUUCCAUUUCUGUUGCUAUGGAAAUGUUUCCUCAGAAAAUUUCUGUCGCUAUUUUUGUCACGGCCUUCAUGCCUGCUCCUCACCUUAAUGUUCCUACCAUUAUUCAAGAGAGCAAUCGACGUAUGGAUCAUACUUUUAUGGACAGUCAAAUCUCAUUCGGUAAAGGAAAGGACAAACCUCCAACCUCUCUCGUCUUUGGCUCCAAGUUCUUGUCCACUGUCUUGUAUCAACUUUCCCCUCCUGAGGACUUAUCUCUUGGAACCCUUUUGGUUAGACCCAUAGGGCUCUAUGACGAUGCAGAAAUGCUGAAAGAAACAGUCCUCUCUACAAAAAAUUAUGGCUCAGUUCCUCGUGCUUAUAUAAUAAGUGAAGAAGAUAAAUUUAUUAAGGAGGAUUCUCAAAAGUGGAUGAUAGAAAAUAAUCCAUGUGAUGUGGUGAAAACCAUUUGUGGUUCAGAUCAUAUGGUUAUGUUCUCCAAACCACAAGAAUUGUGUUUUUUCCUACAAGAAAUAGCUCAAAAAUAUUAUUAG